AGAGCUUUCCUCUCGAUUUCAUGAGAUGUUGGGAUAGAUUCUCUUUCUCCUUACCUUAGCUUAUCAAAAGAAAAUAAAAAUUAUAAAAUCAUCAAAUAACAUAAUAUUUCCAUGUUCAUGUAAUCAUGUUCCUAGUAAUCACUCCCUCUAUAUAUACCCACCUUCUAACAUCUGAAUUAAGCCAUAAAUAGAAACCCCCAAAAAAACACUCCAAAACCAAUGGAAACCCAAAGUGAGAGCUUAUGGUUAUUAGCCCUCAUUUCCAAAUGCACCUCUUUAUCUCCACAACCCAUUCUUUUCCUUUCCUUCCUCCUAUUUUUAUCUUGGUUAGCCCUGGCCUUGCUCUACUGGGUCGAACCCGGUGGUCCGGCUUGGGGAAAAUUCCGCCACAAACUCAGCCCACCAACAACCUCGGCUCGACCACCGGGACCUCGGGGUUAUCCCCUCAUAGGAAGCAUGAACUUAAUGAUGGGCUUGUCACAUCAUAAACUGACAGCCAUGGCUAACCUCCUAGGAGCUAGGCGGCUCAUGGCCUUCAGCCUAGGAGACACUCGUGUUGUGAUCACAUGCAAUCACGAAGUUGCAAAGGACAUCCUCUGCAGUUCGGUGUUUGCUGAUCGUCCUAUCAAGGAAUCUGCUUACAACUUGAUGUUCAACCGUGCGAUGGGGUUCGCCCCAUACGGCGUUUACUGGAGAACGCUACGUAGGAUUGCAGCCACCCAUAUGUUCUGUCCUAAACAGAUCAGUUUUGGACAAAGACAAAGAGCUGAAAUAGCCUCUCAAAUGGUGGAAAUUAUUAAUAACAACAAUAACAAUAAUAAUGGUGAAUGUACGACAUCACCGUUUUGUGUCAGGGAAAUGCUGAAACUAGCAUCCCUGACUAACAUGAUGGAGUCCGUGUUCGGGAGGCGGUACGACUUGGUGACCGCCUCCCUGAAUCAGGAAGCCAUACAGCUAAGUCAACUCGUACAAGAAGGAUACGAGUUGCUAGGGAAGCUUAAUUGGUCGGAUUAUUUUCCUUUGUUUGGUUCCUUAGAUCUUCAAGGGAUCCGAGAAAGAUGCUCGGGGCUCGUUCCUCGGGUUAAUCGGUUUGUUAAUGGGAUUAUUUCCGAGCACCAAGUUAGGAAGCAUAAGCAAGUGUUUGGUGACUCCGAUGAUGAUCAAGAUCUUGUAGAUGUUCUACUGUCCCUUGAUGGACCUGAUAAGUUGUCAGAUGGUGAUAUGGUAGCUGUUCUUUGGGAGAUGAUAUUCAGAGGAACUGAUACAGUGGCAGUGUUAAUAGAGUGGAUAUUAGCAAGGAUGGUACUUCAUCCUGACAUCCAAUCAAAGGUCCAAGAUGAGCUAGACAGGGUAGUAGGCAAAUCAAGACCGUUGAUAGAAGCCGAUAUCCCUUCAUUGGGCUACUUACAGGCUAUGAUCAAAGAAGUUCUCAGAUUACACCCACCAGGCCCACUUCUGUCAUGGGCCCGUCUGGCAAUAAAUGAUACAACCCUUGAUGGGUAUCACAUUCCAGCAGGAACAACUGCCAUGGUGAACAUGUGGGCUAUAGCCCGGGACCCCCAAAUAUGGGCUGACCCGCUUAGGUUUUACCCUGAAAGAUUUGUGGAUAAUGUAGACUUUUCGGUGAUGGGUUCGGAUCUUAGGUUGGCACCUUUCGGGUCGGGUAGGCGAUCAUGCCCCGGUAAGGCACUCGGGUUGACAACUGUUACUUAUUGGGUGGGGACUUUACUGCAUGAAUUUGUGUGGACACAAUGUCAUCACAAUUCUGUAACUCUCAAUGAAGUCAUGAAAUUGUCAUGUGAAAUGGCAAAUCCUUUAACUGUUAAAGUCUAUUCUAGGCUUAGGUGAUGUAAUAUCAAACAUUAGUGUUUUAGUUGGUUUGGCUGAUAUAUAUAUUGUACAAAAAUUUAGUGUAACAAAGCCUAGCUACUAGUAGUACAUGGAGCAAUGAUAUUCCCAUAUUCGAUAUGGGCCAAUAUCAUGGCAUUUAUGUAAAAUCUAUGAUAAAAGUAAUACUAAAAAAUUAUAAAUUUUUUGUUUUUCA